AUGAAUAUAUCUGGAAUAGUUGAUUGGUAUAAAUGUUGUUAAUUUAGGAUUCUUUUGCAUCCAAUUCAAUACCCAGGCAGACAUAACUAUUAAUAAUAAAGAACGUUGUCGAUUUACAGAGAUCUUACUACAAAGGAUUAAUUUCUAUUGGUUAUUAAUUCAUUGAAAGAAUUGUUAUAAGAUUGUUAUAGUAAAGGAAACUCUUUACAUAUUCAUAAUUUAGGGACAUUUAGUUUUGAAUUUAUAUGUCCCACUGCAUAAGCGAUUCCAACUAAAUAAACAACACAAUUAAAAUAAUUACCGAAAUUAUAUCAAAAUAUUAGGCCUUGUUUUAUAGUAGACCCAUAUUUAUAGAAAUAAUUAUCUCGUUAUACAUAAAAGGAUGAAAUUAAUAAGAGUUAAGGAGUUGGAAGCAUAUACAAUCAAGGACAUGCAACAUAAUUUUGUAAUCCAUAAACACUCUCGAACAUGUGUUAUGUUGAUAAAUUAACAAUUGAAUCAAUUCUCAAAACAUUUACAUAAGCAAUAAAUGAUUUAAUAAGAACAGGACAUGAUGUAAAUCUAGAUUUUGGAUUAAGUAUUAUAAAUGUUAAAAAUAAAAAUUUGUAAUAUAUGUUUGAUGAAAAAUUCGUAAAUUUUAUGAAUCAACCUGAAUUCACAGAUAAUGUAUUGAAUUAUAAUAAUUAAAAUAGUUUUUAAAAUCUAAGCCAAAUACAUGUCAAUUUUGGAAGAAUGAAAAAUCAAUUAAAGAUAAGAAUCUAAAUGAGAUCUAUUUCUCCCCAUGUUCCCCAUAUAGUUUAGUGACUAAUUAGAAAACUAAGAAUUUGAUGAACAUAAAAGAUAUGACAUCUGUAUCAAAAUGA